CAUUUGGUGUCUGCUGGCUUUGUUUUUCUCUCUCUCUUUCUCUCUCUACUUUUUCGUUUAUGCGAUUCCAUUUCCUUCUCGCUACACGCUUCUAGAGAAGAAGAAAUUGAGCACAAAACUCAUGUCUGGUUUAUACAAUAACUCCUCUUACUUCUCUCCUGCUAGAGCUGCUUCUCCUCAGAUUAGAAGCACUCCUGAGAUCGACAGCUCUCAGUACUUGACGGAGCUUCUCGCUGAACAUCAAAAGCUUACACCUUUUCUGCAGGUCUUACCGAUAUGUAGCCGCCUGUUGAAUCAAGAGAUGUUCAGGGUAUCUGGAAUGAUGUCUAACCAAGGAUUUGGCGAUUUUGAUAGACUCCGACACCGAAGUCCGAGCCCUAUGGCCUCUUCUAAUCUUAUGUCUAAUGUGUCUAAUACCGGGCUAGGCGGCUGGAAUGGCCUUUCUCAGGAGAGACUAGGUGGAACACCUGGAAUGACAAUGGAUUGGCAAGGAGCACCCGGAAGCCCCAGUUCAUACACCGUGAAAAGGAUAUUGCGUCUGGAGAUUCCUGUAGAUAGCUAUCCUAAUUUCAAUUUUGUUGGGAGACUUCUCGGGCCUAGAGGCAACUCGUUGAAACGCGUUGAAGCUACAACAGGUUGCCGUGUGUUCAUCAGAGGGAAAGGGUCAAUCAAGGAUCCUGAGAAGGAAGAUAAGCUAAGGGGAAGACCGGGUUAUGAACACCUGAAUGAGCAGCUUCACAUAUUAAUAGAAGCAGAUCUACCAGCCAGUAUCGUGGAGAUACGUCUGCGACAAGCUCAAGAAAUUAUAGAAGAGCUACUAAAGCCUGUGGACGAGUCGCAAGAUUUCAUAAAGAGACAGCAGCUGAGGGAACUAGCGUUGCUAAACUCGAACAACCUGAGGGAAGAGAGUCCAGGGCCAAGUGGCGGUGGAAGCGUUUCGCCUUUCAAUUCAAGUGGUAAACGCCCCAAAACAGGAUGCUAAAGGAGCGUUUUAAUUGGUUUCUUCAGCCAAAAAAGUACAUGUCUGCAUACACAAACACACAUGUGUGUAUAUUUGGUUUUGGCCAAAAGUAGUGGCUGCAGUGGUGGGUGGUCAAGUCAAGGCCUCCCUUGGUCUCUCUCCGGUGAGCGACCGACCCUGUGGCUUUCCUUUAUUUUUAUUUAUUUUUUGUUUUUAUUCUCGUCUAUAUGAGACGACAUCAGAGAUUCAUUACAGAAUAUUUAAAAAAGAUUCAGAGAA